AUGAGAAGCUGGUGGUGGGUUAAGGAGAAGAAGAAGCAGAUGGCUUUGUUGCUGAUAAUAGCAACGAUGAUUCUCCAGUUCCAAAUGAAAGGAUGUGUUGGCUGUGUGGAAACCGAACGGAUGGGUUUGUUGCAGCUCAAGUCGUAUCUCAUCUCUCUUCGUAGUGUCAAAGAUGGAAGUAUUCUCGAUUCAUGGAGUGAUGAUGAUCCUAAGAGUGACUGCUGCAACUGGGAGAGAGUAAAGUGCAGUGACGCUAUCGGUGGCCACAUCGUCGAUCUCUCACUUGGCUUUAUCUUUGUCUGGAAUAUGAAUCAAACUAGGUUGUUCAAUAUUUCUUUGCUCCAUAGCUUCCCUCAACUCAAAACCCUUAACUUUUCAUCGAAUCAGUUCGGUCACUUUUUCGAUCCCAUCCUUGGUUAUAAGAGUUUUCAGAGACUUGAGAACCUGGAGUCCCUUGAUUUGUUUGGCAAUCUUUUCAAACACAGUGUUCUCCCUUUUGUAAGUGCAGCAAGGUCGCUCAGGUAUCUAAAGCUCCGUUACAAUUCACUGCAAGGUGUCUUUCCUUUAAAUGGUUUAAACAAUUUCAGGGAACUGGAAGAACUGGAUCUAAGUGUCAAUGGUAUACAAGACUUCGAGGCCGGUGGAGGGUUAAGAAAUACGAAGCUGAAAACAUUAUAUCUUAACAACAACAGAUUCUCAGAAACUGACCGACUUAAAGUUCUCAAAGAUAUGCCAAAGUUGCAAGAACUGAAUUUAGGCAACAAUAACUUCUCCGACUUAGACAGCCUAGGUUCAGUGCUUCCUUGCUCUUUACGAGUAUUAGAUCUUACAUUUAACAACAUGUCUUGGACCCAAGAAGGGUAUAAGAGCUUUCAGAGACUUGAGAACCUGGAGUCCCUUGAUUUGUGGGGAAAUUUUUUCAGCAGCAGUGUUCUCUCAUUUCUAAGUGCAGCAAAGUCGCUCAGGAUUCUAAAUCUUGGUAGCAAUAAGCUGGAAGGUGUCUUCCCUCCAAAUGGUUUGAACAAUUUCAGGAACUUGGAAGAACUGGAUCUAAGUUGGAAUAAAAUACACGACUUCGAGGGUGGUGAAGGGAUUCACACACCGAAGCUGAGAACAUUAGAUCUUAGGAACAACAUAUUAUCAGAAGCUGACCGACUUAAAGGUUUAAAACAUCUUGUAAACUUAGUAGUCUUGAAGUUGGCAAGCAAUAAAUUUAACCAUACUCGAUCUAUUCAAGUACUCAAAGAUAUGCCAAAGUUGCAACAACUGGAUCUAAGCUACAAUGAAUUCACCGACUUAGACAGCCUAGGUUCAGUGCUUCCUUCCUCUUUACAAGUAUUAAAUCUUGCCUAUAACCAAUUGUCUUGUACCCACGAAGGCUACUCAAAGCUUUGCGGAUUGACGAAUCUUCGAGAGCUGGAUUUAAGAAGCAAUGAUCUCACAAGUAUGCCUUACUGUUUGGGUAACUUGAGCCGUCUUCGAACUCUUGUGCUAUCUCACAACCAAUUGGAUGGAAACCUGUCUGCCUUUGUGUCUGGUCUACAACCAGAGCUUGAGUACUUGACGCUUUCUGGUAAUAACUUCAACGGUUCAUUCUUGUUCAACUCACUGGUCAAUCAAACAAGGCUCACAGUAUUCAAAGUAUCAUCAAAAGUUGGUAACAUCCAAGCUGAGGCAGAAAGCCCGUGGGUUCCAAUGUUUCAGUUGAAGAUGCUAGUGUUACAAAAUUUCAUUCUUGGCAGCACAAUUCCUGGCUUUCUUUUUCAUCAGCAUGACUUGUCUUAUGUUGAUCUCUCACAUAACAAGUUGACCACGGGACUAUUUGCGAGGUGGCUUGUGCAAAACAACACAAGAUUGCAGGCUCUUGUUCUGAAUAACAAUCUGUUGACAGAGCUUCAGCUACCUAGGCUUGUCAUCAUGGCUUAA